AUGACAUUUGAACAACGACCCUGGUUAAAGACAUAUAUUGAUUUCAAUACAGAGAAGAGAAAGCUUGCAACAAAUGAGUUCGAGAAGGAUUUUUUCAAACUCAUGAAUAAUGCAGUCUUUGGAAAGACGAUGGAAAAUUUAAGGAAGAGAACAGAUAUAAAACUUUUAAAUGACCAAUCAAAGGCCAGAAAAUUAAUCAGCAAACCAACAUUUCAUGCCUUCAAAAUAUUCAACGACGACUUGGUGGCUGUGCAUAUGUUGAAACAACGAUUAUACUUAAACAGACCCAUCUACGUGGGAUUCACUAUACUCGAUUUGUCAAAGACACUUAUGUAUGAUUUCCAUUAUAAUUACAUGAAAGAUAAAUAUGGAUCUAGAGCAACACUGUUGUUUACAGACACCGACUCGCUAUGCUACAGCGUCAACACUGAUGAUAUAUAUCAAGAUAUGUUGGAAGUGAGAGACUUGUUUGAUACGUCAGAGUAUAACCCCGAACAUCGGCUUUAUAGCACUUUAAAUAAAAAGGUGUUAGGAAAGAUGAAAGACGAGACACAUGGUAUUCCCAUACAGGAAUUUGUUGGUCUCAAGUCAAAGAUGUACUCAUUGAUAUAUGAGGAGAAUAAAACACUCUGCGAGAAGAAGACAGCGAAGGGUAUAAAGAAGAGUGUGAUCAAACAUGACACAAGACACGAACAUUAUAAACAAAGUUUAUUCAACAAAGAAAUCCACAUGUCUACCAUGACACAGAUCCGUUCAUAUGACCAUACGUUAUAG